GCGUAAAAACGAUGAACCUGAAGGGGGCUCGAGCAGUCAGUCACCGGAUAAACGUAUGCACUGCCACACUUCCAUCCAUUUUGCAAGCCGUAAAAAAUUUGCAUUCCUCAUGUACCCACUGUGCUACGUCCUCUUAAGAGUGACAUAUAAUACAUACGCGUCCCACGUUACUUGCCUGCAAGAGAUUGCUUCAUCCCGUCGAACUUUUUUUUUGUGCGUUUGAAUUGGAAGAAGAUUGCUGCAGCGUUUUUUCUCCCAAGUGCGUCCCUCUACAUGGGCACAUACGCAUAUAUACAGUGACGUACACAGUCAUAAGCAUACCCUCACAUGUACACUCUUAUGCAUACACUCUUAUGCAUACACUCACAUGCAUACGCACGUGCAUAUGCUUCCCCACCCAUGUGACCUUGGCCAAGUGACUGAGGAGCCAUACGCCAGUCCCCCCCUUCCACACGUCACGCUCGCGAGUUACUGCUGACAUGCACGCAUGUACACCUACAUGCACAAGGGGAGCAUGCCAUUUUCCCGUUUCUCCUAAUUUCGUUUAAGACCUUCGAGUAGACCCGCCCAGCAGGAAAGAACAUGAAACAAAAAGACAAAGGAUGAAAAAGAAAAUCGACAAAACGGUUACAAAAAAAACCAUAUCAUGGGAUGAAGUCACCAUUAAUGAACAAGACAAGGAAAGAGGCUCGAGGAUGAAAAUCCUGGAGCCGAACACGCCCUUUAAUUUCAUUUUGAUGGAUAGCGCUUCGGAAGAUGAAGCCUCCAAGUUCGGAGACUCAAAGGGACAAGGCGAAGUGCAGCAAAACAACAUCGCGGACGACCUGAUAGACAAGCUGAACCAGCUGGUGGAGAAGCAGGAGAGCAAAGCCGUCGCCAACAUUGACUUUAAGGAGAAGCGCAAGAAGCACUACAACGAGUACAAGAUGCUGCAGAAGUUGAGAAAGUCCGGAACGUUCGACGAAAUCGACGAAGAGUAUAAGCUUGAAGAACAUGACUCGGGCGGGGAGCAUCCGCACCUCCAGGAACUGGAAGAGUAGACGGGGGGAGUGGCCAAGCGGUGAAGCUGCUAAUCGGUGAAGCUGCUAAUCGGCGAAGUUGCCAAAUGGGAGGGGUGACACCCCCCACCUCCACAGCCACGCAGAAUGGGCAGACAAAACCGUGCCUUCAAAAAAAAAAAAAACAAUUUCAGCGUGUCACGUGUGCCCCCCCCCGAACUGGGUAUGUGUGCCUCCUCGCUGAAGAAACGCCAAACACACAGUUGUGUGUAAUGUUUUUAAAUUUUUUGAAAUUAUAAAAAUUUACCCCUGUCAUUUCUGGCAGCUUCUGCCCGUAUGGCAAUUUUCCUCUGCAUUUUAUUA